UGACUACUGACAAUUUACAAGAUUACUACAUUAAAUUAAACUGAACAUAAAAACAAAAUGAGAAACGUACAAAUGAGAAAAGGUGAUAUUUUCAGGCUUUAAUACAAGCGAUGUGAUUUUAAUUGUGACGUAAAAAAUAUUAUUUUCAUCAGUAUUAUUUAAUUUUUAUUGUUCAAAAACAUGUCGGACAAACCUGUAGUCGCUAGUGGAGCUCAGCCCAUAGUUAAGAUAGGGCACUAUACAUUAGGAGCAACUCUCGGUGUUGGAACCUUUGGAAAAGUAAAGAUUGGUGAACAUCAAUUAACAAAGCACAAAGUGGCUGUGAAAAUACUUAAUAGGCAGAAAAUCAAGUCUCUAGAUGUUGUUGGAAAGAUCAGACGAGAAAUACAAAACCUAAAACUAUUCAGACAUCCUCAUAUUAUUAAACUGUACCAAGUGAUAUCUACUCCAACUGAUAUUUUUAUGAUUAUGGAAUAUGUGUCAGGGGGAGAAUUAUUUGAUUAUAUAGUAAAGAGGGGAAAGUUGCAAGAGCAUGAAGCUAGAAGAUUCUUCCAGCAAAUCAUAUCAGGUGUUGACUACUGUCAUAGACACAUGAUAGUUCAUAGAGAUCUUAAACCUGAGAAUCUUUUAUUAGAUCACAAUAUGCAUGUGAAAAUAGCUGACUUUGGGCUGUCCAACAUGAUGAUGGAUGGAGAAUUUUUAAGAACAUCAUGUGGGUCUCCAAACUAUGCUGCACCUGAGGUUAUAUCAGGAAAAUUAUAUGCUGGUCCAGAAGUGGAUGUUUGGUCAUGUGGAGUCAUUCUCUAUGCAUUACUCUGUGGGACAUUACCCUUUGAUGAUGAACAUGUCCCGACAUUGUUUAGGAAGAUAAAAUCUGGAAUAUUUCCCAUACCAGAAUAUUUAAAUAAAAGUGUUGUAAGUCUGUUGUGCAAUAUGAUGCAAGUUGAUCCAAUGAAAAGGGCCACAAUUGAAGAUGUUAAAAAACAUGAUUGGUUCCAAAAGGAUCUUCCAGAUUAUCUCUUUCCAUCUCCAGUGGAACAGGACAGUGGAGUAAUAGAUACAGAGGCCAUAGCUGAAGUUUGUGAGAAAUUUAGUGUCCGUGAGCAAGAAGUUCAUAGUUCUUUACUAUCUGGUGAUCCCCACGAUCAACUCGCAAUUGCAUAUCAUCUUAUCAUUGACAACAAGAGAAUGGCUGAUGAAGCAGCUCGGGCUGAGGUCAAAGACUUUUAUAUUGCAAACAGUUCCCCGCCAACGGCCAUUGACACACAUCGUCCCCACCCGGAACGUAUUGCACCUCUCAGAGACAAAUCCUCGCCCGCUGCACAACCGGCGGCUGAUAAGCAACGAGGGACCCCCGUUAAACGAGCUAAGUGGCACCUUGGUAUCCGGUCUCAGAGUAAGCCCAACGAUAUAAUGUUAGAAGUGUUCCGCGCUAUGAAAGCUCUGGACUAUGAGUGGAAAGUCAUUAACCCCUAUCAUGUCAGGGUUCGAACACUCAACAAGUUGACGCAAACAUACGUAAAGAUGUCGCUACAAUUAUACCAAGUGGACUACAAGUCUUACCUCCUUGACUUUAAGUCCCUCUCAGGGGAACGGGAAGAGACCGAUGAAGAGGGCGCUUCGCCCCUUUCUCAGACUCCAGUAACUCCAGUUAUCCCAACAGCACCCCAGGGUCAUCACACAAUGGAGUUCUUUGAAAUGUGCGCGGCCCUGAUUAUACAAUUAGCCCGGUAGAUGCUGGCAACGCUAACACAGUUUAAUGGCAAUCCUAAUUCUGAUGUACAGUUAAUGAUUUUAGUUUGUUAUGUUAAGUCAAAUUUGUACUCUAUUAUUCUGACUAAAGGACCUUUAUCCAUGGUCAUGUAAUUAAUUAAUUUAAAAAAAUUAUGUCCAAUCCACCUGUCAAUAGUCCCUUAUUCUAAAUAUUCAAGUUAUAUAUAUAUAUUACUAAGUAUAUUUUUGAUAGGUUUUAACUUAAAAAGGUUCCAUAAAGAAACAAAUCUCAAGGCCUGCAUUCCAAUUUAUUCUCAAAACUUUGUUGUAUUUUGACAACUUGACAGCAAUCAACACAUUGUGAUACAUUUUUAGAAUACAAGGCUGAUUAAUGUUGUUGAAUCAGUGCUAACAUAGAUUCGUUUCUUUAAAAAACCGGCUUAUAAGUUACACAUACCCGAAUAUACUCCAAAUAUUGCGUUUCGAAAAUUUAAUCUUUUUGUCGAAAUUUACAUUUCGUAGACAUUUUUUAUGUAUAUUGUUACUUGUUCAUCAGAGUUAGAUAAAGCCGAUACUUAUACGUACAAAUACUUAGAUUUCUUUUUGCCUUAAUAUUUCUAAAUAACAUUAUCCUAAUCUUCUGAAAAGUUACCUAUUUAGAUGUAGGUUACGGUUUUAGAUUACGUUUGUGAUUUAGCUUCUAAAAUUGGUAUUAAAAUCGUGUAUAGGAAAAAAGUCGCGUGCAAUAAUAGUAAAAUCGACUUACAUAAUAAUUUUCUAUAUACUAUUUGCUGUACAUUGUGUAUUUUAACUUAUUUAUUUGUCAGUUUAUUUUAUGCACAGGUUCCGUACACUUUACCAAAGAAACUAGAAGUGCCUUGAUUAGAUUGUAGGAAAUGGAAUUAGCUUGCAAAAAUCUCAAUAUAUAAAUCUGCCAGUUCGGUAGACCGACACAUCUUUCUUUAGUAGAAUAAUGCUAUAUUUAAGAUGGGUAAUUUAUUAGUUUUGCGUAUUGUAAUUAUGUAGUGAUAGCGAUUGUGAUUGCUCGUUAAUUGCCAAUACAUUUCAAAUUUCCGAUUGUUA